AACACUCGCUCAGCAAUACCGUCUUAGCGUAAGCUGCAUCCUCAAACUAACGGCUCCGCCCUCAUAGAUUUGCCAUUUUCAAUGCUCUUCUCUCAGCUGGAACUACCUAUCGUUUACCUUCCUUUUAGUUCGAUGCUUAACCCCUUUCGCUUGCAAGCUUCCAGUCUUAUGGUUGAGUGCACACAGACACAGCCGAAACUGAGCACAAAUCUGAUUCCAUCUUCCUUGAGGAACAAUUCCCCGUCCCUUUGCUUUUCUGUUUCAUUCAAUGGGCGAGACUUAAAUGGGGCAUGCUACCGUAGCAUUAGUCUAGGAGAGAUAUCUAUUAGAUGCCGGGCAAAAUGGAACGCCACUGGUUUCUCUGAGGAGCAAUUUUCCACUGUAGAGCUUCCAGAAGACGACUGCAAGGAUGAUAAAGAAUUACAAAGAAGAAAAAAGGUUGGACAUGGGAACAAAGGAAAAGUGCCAUGGAACAAAGGCAUAACACACAGUGCAGAGACACGUGAAAAAAUCAGUCUGAGAACCAGAGAAGCACUUUCUGACCCCAAGAUUAGGAAGAAGAUGUCAGAAUGCCCUCGAUCUCUUAGCAAGCAGACAAAGAUGAGAAUAGGCACAUCACAAAGAAAGCUGUGGGGUGAACGGUUGAAAUGGAUAAGGUCGAGGGAGAAAUUCUUGCAAUCCUGGGCUGAAAGCAUUGCAGACGCUGCUAAAAAGGGAGGUGGUGACCAAGGGGAACUAGAAUGGGAUAGCUAUGACAAGAUUAAAAGAGAAAUAUAUCUUCAACAGAUCCAACGGUCUGCAGAAAAAGCAAAGGCAAAAGAGCAGGCACGUUUACGGGCUGAAAGAGCAGCACAGGCAAAAAUAGAAAAGAUGGCAAGGCUUGCUCAAAGAAAAAAAGAGAGGGAAGAGAGAGCAGAAAUUAGAGAAGAAAUAAAGAGAAGGAGAAGAAGGGCAAAGCAAGAGAGAGAAGAGUUGGCCAUUGCUCGGGAAUCAAAACUCAAAGCAAGACUGAUGAAGAUCCAGAAGAAGAAAUCUAUAACAAGUCAUGUUAGCCACCAGCAUGAACGAGCUUGGGAGAAACUCGAUAUAGAGUUCAUGCAGAGAGAAAAUAUCAAAAAAGAAGUUUCACUUGAAGAUCAGCUUCUUCUUGCAAAAAAGAAAAGAUCAGAAAGCUUGAAUGUGAAUGUUCUGACGGUUUUACCCUCUCGUUCUGCGGAAAGAUCACCAAGUGUCAAUUCAGUUCCAGAACAGUUUGUUCACAUUGGAAUGCAGAUUUAAUAGAGGACAAGGUAAUCAUCAGUUAUCCGUUUUUGAGAAGCCAACAUUCAGGCAUUGCGGUUACAAACUCACAACCAUGUUAUUAAAUCUCCACAAUCAUGUAGCUCAAGUUCCUGUUUAGAAACUGUGUUUGCUCUCUUUUUUAGGUUUCUAAUAAAAUUUCUUUUCUUAUUCUGA